AUGUCUUUAGGUGCGGAGGCCAAGUUCACACGCGGUGUGAGUGGUCUCACCGGGCGUGAGGUGCGACUCAUACGUGUAGGCAAAAGUAUCACUUCACCAUUUCGUCAGAUUGCAGAUGCGAUUCAGGCAUCAAAGCCAAAUGACCGCAUUGAGAUUGAGAGUGGAAAAUAUUUUGAAACUAUUACAAUUCAACACCCAUUAGAAUUGUGUAGUGCAAAAGAUGGAGAACCACCUGUGAUUAUAUCCCGUGGACCAUGUUUAACCAUUAGAACCGAUGGACCUGUCCUUAUUCAGCGUUUAACUAUUUUAGCAAAAGGUAGUAAAGCCUCUGAAAGUCAAGGUGUAUUGAUUGAACAAGGAUCACCUAUUAUUCGUAAUUGUGAGAUAUCUUCUCUUUAUGUUACGAAUGAUGCAUCUCCACAGGUAUCGCAUUGUCAAAUUCAAAAUUCAGAUCAUGGUUUUGGUUUAUCUAUUACUGGAAAUAGUAGUGGAAUUUAUGAAAAUAAUGAUAUUAGUUAUCAUAACGCUGGUUGUGUACAUAUUAAUACAAGUGGGAAACCAGAUUUACAUUCCAAUCGUAUUACACAAAAACAUGAUCAAUGUUCUUCAGCUGUAUUUAUAAGUGGAAGAUUAUUAACUGUAUGUGAACCUUGUUUUCGAGAAAACAUUAUUAGAGGCGGUGGAGGGACUUCCGCUCAGGAUGAAAUGGAUCCCGCAUCUGUACAUUCCCCUCAAAUGUUAGCUGAAACUAAUGCAAAUGGAUGGACAGGUCUUGUUUGUGUGAUGGAUGGAGCUGUACCUUUUCUUAUGGGAAAUUUACUUUGUAAUGGUAUUGGUGGAUUUUACUUUAAAAAUUGUAAUAUUCCACCAGAUCAUUUUCGUGGAAACCGUAUUGUAAAUUGUGUAGGAUGGGGUAUUAUAGUUGCGGAGGAAGCCUUAUUAUGUGUUCAGGGAAAUGAUAUUCUAUCUUGUGGUGGUGGUAUUCAUGUUUAUACGAAUAGUAGUAGUAAUAGUAAUAGUAAUAGUAAUAGUAAUAAUAAUCUUAAAAAUAGUGGUCAUUCUUCUAAUGGAGGAAAUUCAUCAUCAUCAUCAUCUUCUUCUUCUAGAGUCACAUUACUUAAAUGUGAUUUGAAAAAGAAUGUUCAUUAUGGUGUCUUGAUUGAUCACUCCGUUGUUACUAUGAAUGAGUGUAAUAUAUCUGAAAGUUCUAUUGGUGUUGCCUUAUUUGGAAAUUGUGCAGAUUGUAUCAUUUCAAAAAAUGUAUUAACCAAUAACACACUCGCUGAUUUCUCUAUUACACGUCAUGGUGUUGCUACUAUUGAAAAUAACAUUAUUUCUGGUUCUCAUGGAAAUAGUACAUAUGGUAUUAUGGUCCAAAAUAGUUCUCAUCUCACGCUUCUUUCAAAUGUGAUUGUGGGAAAAGCGACGAGUGUUUAUAUUCGUGGUGGAAGUUCUCUAGUGGCUGAAAAGAAUGCCCUGCGAGAGUCCUCUGUACAUCACGUGGUGCUUGUAGAGAGUAGUAAAGCCACAUUGAAAGAAAAUACAUUGGAAAGUACGGCGUGUGCGACGGUAGUGGUAACAGAGAAAAGUGAAUGUACCGCCCGUGGUAAUGUUAUGUAUUCUAGUCUUAAAGAAGGUAUAUUGGUGGAAAAAGGGGGUAAAGCGAAUUUAGAACGAAACAGUAUGAGUUCUAUGGAGGAAACAAUUUAUGUGAAAUCAGGAGGAUAUGUAUAUGUAGAAGAAAAUGAUGUCACCCUUGGUUAUCAUGGAAUUGUAGUAGAAGGAGAGGGAAGUAAUUGUAUGGUGAUGAAUAAUCGUUUUUGUAAUAUGCGGGCAACGGCGGUAUAUGCACUUGAACAAGCCACUGUUACGAUAAAGGGAAACUCUCUCACUGGGAUCGCAAUAGUUGGUAUUCAAGUAGGUUUAAGCGCUAAAGCCCUUGUGGAAAACAAUACAGUUAAAAAAUGUAAAGGAGGGGCUAUACAUAUAGAUGGUCUUGGAACAGAAUGUCAAGUACUUCAAUGUCGAAUGGAAAGUGUGGAAUACGGUAUACGGUGUUCAAGAGGAUGUUCUGCUGUUAUUCAAGGAAAUCAAAUACGUUUUUGUAAAAGUUUUGGUGUAUCAUGUGAAUUAAGUGAAUCUGUAACCGUUUAUGAAAAUAAUAUAUUCGGUGCAGAUAAUGGUAUAAUACUUUCUGGUGGUGGUGGUGAUUUUCAUGAUAAUCAUAUUGAAGAAUGUGAAGUGGGUAUAUUAGCCGCUGCAGAUGCCUUUGCUAUGGUGAAAGAUCAUAAGAUUUUAAACUGUACUGUUGGUUUAUUACUUCAAAUGGGUACUUAUAUCCGUUUUAGUCAUAAUAGUAUUCAAAAAUCUAAACAGUUUGGUGUGAUGGUACAAGGUCCUUCUGUAGAUGUACAUAUACGUGAAGUUACUAUUGAAGAAUCUGGUAUAGCUGGUGUAUAUGUACGUGCAGGAGGAGCUUGUUCAUUUAUACAGUGUAUAUUAGAGAAUACGAAAGAGAAUGCGAUUCAACUAGAAGAAGCAGGUAAUGUAGUAUUUAAACAGUGUAUGAUGAAUCAUCAACGCUGCGGUGUGCUGGUGAUGAGUACAGAAACACAAGCUGAACUCCCACAACUUGUAAAUUGUACGAUUGAUGGUAAUAAUUGUGAAGAAGGUGUUGUUUGUCAUCGUAAUGGUAUGAUUCGCUUAGAACUCUGCAAGAUUCGUGCCUGUUGUAAACAAAAAGGAAGUGGUAUUGUUAUUCAUGAUGGGGCUGGUAUAGUGUUAUCUCAUUGCGAUAUUAUUGAAUGUUCACAUGUUGGGAUGAUGGCCGCUCCCACCUCACAUGUAUUGGCAGAACACACCACUAUUCAUGCAUGUAAAAUGGGAAUUAUGUUCACAUCACCAAAUGAAAAUGAAUCCCAUAGUCAGAAUUGUAAAGAAUCCACUGUGAACAGUAAAACGAACACUCAUAGUAACAAUAGUAGUCAUAGUCAUAGUUAUAAUACUACGCAACAAAAGGUUUUUCCGAGAUAUACACAAAUGAUGAUCAAGGAUUGCACAGAAGCUGGUAUUUACUAUGAACCUCAUAGUUGUGGUAUGAUAAGCUACACAACGGUAGAAAAAUGCCGCACAGGUGUAUUGGUGGAGUCUGAGAGUUGUAUGGUUUUGCAGACAACGGUAAUAAUUGCAUCUACAGAUUGUGGAAUUGUUCUUUGUGGUCAACUUGCAAAAGAUUCUGAACUCAGUGAUCUUACUAUUAGUGAUUCAGUUAAUUAUGGUUUGAAAGUUACUGAGAGUGAUUUCCAUGAUAAUAACAACUUGAAUACUAAUACAGAUAAUGAGACAUUUAUUACGAUUGAAAGUACAGAAAUCACACGAAAUGGAAAAGGUGGCGUAUUAUUACUCUUUCCACGUGUAUCUCUAGAGAGAUGUACUAUUAGCCAAAACACCGCAGCCGGUAUGGUGUGUAAAGGAAAUGGUCAACCACGAUUGAAAAAGUGUCACUUUGAGCAUAAUAAAGAGUUUAACCUUGAAAUACAAUCUGGAAGUGUACCUGAUAUUCAAGAUUGUGUUUUCGAACAUGCUCCUAUUGGAGUACGGGUGGAAUCCGCUGUUCAUAUGAAACGGUGUAUUGUUCAACAACUUGAUGUAGGCGUUGUGUUUAAUAUCUCUGAUCCAUCUAGUGUGUCUUCCACAAUAUUGGAGUGUGCUUUUGCAAAUAAUAGUACAGGCCUUUCAUCCGCUGGUGAGAUUUCUUCUUCUUCUUCUGAUGGUUCUACUGAUGGUUCUCUUUCUAUUCUUAUGGAGAAAUGUGUAUUUAACGAUAAUUCUGGUGUAAGUGUUUCUCUUGAAAAGGGACCACAAGUGCAGGUAAGAGCAUGUAGGUUUGAAUCUUCAACAGAUGCGAUAAAAGUAUUAGAUGAGGCAGAAACCGUUAUUGAUAGAUGUAAUUUUAAUGGAAAUUCAAAAGCUAUCAGUACAUUAAGUGCGAAACGUGUAGAAAUAAAGAAAUGCCAAUUUAUCAAACAGAUUAAAUUUUCAGUAAAUAUCAUGGGAAACUACGGUGAAGCCAGGAUAUUAGACAAUAAUUUUAGUGGAAGUGGUCAACAUGGUAUAUUCCUUUCCUCUGAGGGAAUUGUUGUAUUGGUAAGUGAUAACACAUUUGAAGGAGAAUUUUGUGGUAUGUUUAUACAGGAUACUCCACAAAUUCGUGUGUAUAAUAACCGUUUUCUUUCUUGUCAAACAGGUAUGGUGUUAAGUGGCUCAGAAAGUUCUGGACGUAUUUUCAGUAAUGUAUUUGAUAAAAAUAAGAUUGCAUGUCGUUGUGAACAAGAGUCUUCUCCACAAAUAUGGCGAAAUGCUUUUGAGGCAAGUAGUAACUAUGGUAUUUUAUCUAUUACAGGAGCAAAACCUAUUGUAGUAGAUAAUAUAUUUGAUAAAAAUUCAGAAUCUGGAAGUGCUAGUGUUUGUGUUCGUAAUGGUGGAGUAGGUCAUUUUGCCCUUAAUCGAUAUACGAAUAAUGCAUGUGCUUUAUGUUUAGAAGAUACAGGUGAAACUGUACUUGUUAAUAAUAGUAUGUUUCUUGGAAAUACUCUGGGUAUACAAAUAAAAGAAGGAGCCGCUGUUAAUACUAUUGGAUGUACAUUUGCUGAAAGUAUUUCUGGAGAUAUUCAAGCAUUUGGACGUAUUGAACAGGGACGAUGUGUCUUUGCAUAUAAUAGUUUCGCUUCAAAAAGAUGUAAUGCUGUUACUGUAAGUGAAUAUGCUACUAUAAUUAUGUUUCGAUGCCUUUUCUUUGGUGAAGAUGGUAAAGGAUUUAUACAAGGAAAUAUGGGAACAGGUAUGGUAGUGGAAUGUUUAUUUUAUGAACUUCCCUGUGGUGUUCUUAUACAGGAAAAUGGAAAUGGAACUAUCAUGAAUAGUGUAUUCAUUCGAUGUGUAACGGCAGUGGAAGUGUUAGGAGAUGCCAAUCCACUCUUUUACAAUUGUCUCUUUCUUAGUCAACCACAUAGUAAAUUAGUGGUGCUAAACACAUCCUUAUCCUCAUCCUUAUCCUCACCAACAUUUCAUCUUUGUAAUUUUGUGGGAGUAUCAAAAAUACAAUAUCCCUUGUUAUCUGCAAGUGGUGGUGGAUUAGUAGAGAAUUCCUCCUUUAUAACGGGUGGUACGGCUGUAUUGUUAGAGGAUGGUUGUACAUUGACAUUACGCAAAAAUAUCUUUCUUGCAGGUAAUAUUGGAAUCACAAUGAAUGAACGCUCUCAAGGAAAGGUGGAGGGAAAUAGUUUCUAUCGUCAUUCAGUGGCAGCAGUGAAAAUUAUGGAAAAUGCGAGUGGAGAAUUAACAGGAAACGCCUUUGAACAGCCAUUAGAGAAUGGUGCUAUUCUUGCAGGUCCACAUAAUGUGAUUAUAGAUGCCUGUAAAGUUCUGGAUUCAAGUAAAGACCGCACGGUUAAGAGGACUAUAGAUGAGAAGAGCACGGAAUCUCAAUUUAUAACAGUUAUCCUGGACUAUUUAAGAGCCGCCCCAUACUGGGUAAGAAGAGGAAUGAGUGAGAUAUCCUCUACUUCACUUCUACCAGAGUCUAUAUUAGCUGUGAUGUGUGCAAAGAAAGAAGAAGAAGAGGAAGAAAAGAGGACGGAACCUGGAGAAGAAGAAGAAGAGAAAGAACAAAAGACGGCAGAACAGGAAAAGGAAGAGGAAGAAAAGAAAAAAGAGAAAGAUAAAUCCAAGGCAAAGGCGGUUGAAGGAAUAAGAGAGGAUAAGAAUAUUUCAAAUAAAAAGGAACUACAAAAACAAGAUCGUGGAGGUAAAAAGAAAUCUAAUAAAGGUGCUCAAAAAAGGAAACUCGUAGAAGAGUUUUCCUUUGUUCCAAGUGACUGUAUUAAUAGUAUACCGAAAAAUGUUCAGGAUACUUUAUUGGCUUGGGUCAAUCAUCAAGGUAUUACAUUAAGUGUGGAAAAACCAAAACGUUCUUCAAUCCCAGAUAGAAGAAAUCUCUCCAUUAGUAUAGGAAUGCUAAAGGAUGUGGAUGAUCAAGUAACUGCGGUAGCACAAUUUAAACGAGAUAGAGAGCGUGGUAUGACUACGGUUGGUAAUGAAACCGAUAAGGUACGGGGUGCCAACACAAAGCAUCACAAACUUAAGAAGGAUGAAAAGGAACCAGUGGUUUCUACACAUAAUGUAUCUCAAGAAGGAACGGAAAAACUUUCCACCAUAGAUACAUUGCAAGAUUCUCUCCCAUCUCCACCUACUAGUAUUGGUGAAGGUGCUUCUACUACUGUUCUUCCUGUUCCUAUUGCUGCUACUGCUACUACUACUACUACUACUACUACUACUACUGCUAUUACUAGUAAGACUAAUAAAACGAGACAAUCUUCACGACGUACUGUAAAAAGUGGAGAACAGAAGUGUUCACGUGCUGCUAAACACACAGCGCGGAAACGGCGUCGAUUUCUCCCACCACCUCUACGAAGUACAGCUGAGAAUGCACAACCGAGAAAACCUCCACAUAGAGGUCCAUUAUCAACGAUUGCGGGUUGUAUGUAUGCUUGCAGAGCUGAAACUGUUCCGCAUCGUAAGCCAAGAAAAAAGAUCGUACCGAGAUCUACUUCUAUUUCAAUGGUGGGAGAAUCAGGAAUAAUGGAUUUUAGUGUUCCAGGUGGAUCAUACUCGAUGUUAUUGGACGCGGAGGAAUCAGCUAUUCGUAGUGAAAAGGCGAAUGCUUCCAGAAGCGGAUACAGCAAUAUAUCUAAAAGCAGUUAUCGAUUAUCUUUUGGAAGUUUAUCUUUAGAAAGAAGAAUACGUAGCCGUGGCAGUAGUAAACUUGGUUCUUCAAUUUUAUUUGAGGCAAAAGAAGGGAAUAUAAGUCAUGCUGAAAGUAGUGGUCAAUUGAAAUCAGGGGAUUCCCCAUCUCUUGCUGCUAGUUUACGCGCCUCUCUUCGUGCCGGAAGUUUAGUACAACUGAAUGAAAUGGAUGAAAGUGCACCGAUAGAAGGUUCUUCUACUGAAGUUUCCGGAAAGCAUGGAGAGUUGCGGGUGGAAAAGCAUUUCAAAGGGAAGCGUGAUCAGAAAAAAGAUAAUAAUGAUGAUAAUAAUGACAGCAGAAGUAGUAGUGGUAGUGGUGAUCUUCUUAAAACCAUCAAUGAUGCGGGUGAAACCCAGCCUUGUCGGAGUGGUAGUCAAGGUGUAUUAGAGGGGAUGGAAUUAGAUACGGAAAGUGAUGAUUCAACUGGUGCUGUUAAAAAACGUAGAAAAUUUCCCUUUCAAAAGGGUGUACAUAAAACAGAAGGUGUUAAUGCAAAGAAGGGAAUAAAUAACCUAAACGAUAGUGAAGGUAGUGCCAGUAAUUUGGAAAUAUCACAACUUGGAAUAGUGAAUGCAGAGUCAGGUUUACCAGGAUCUCUAGGUGUUGGCUUAAAUGAUAAUACAGAUACUCAGAAUUUAGUUGAUGGAGCAACAGGUAAAAAACGUUUAUCCAAACAAUAUAAAUCAAGUAACCGACAUGUUUUAGGUGAUAAUGAUCCUUCAAACUUGUUUUCAUCUUUUGAUACCUUGCAAACCAGUGACCAGGGAGAUGGAACAGAUUUGGGAAAAUCUCGUCAAGGAAAAGAAGGUGUAAAGUCGAUGAAAAAGGUAUUAACGCAGGAUAAGAAAAAUAAAGAAGAAUCUCUUUCACCCGCAGACGAUAUUACUGCCGCUGAUCAAACAAUAGAGAGUUUAACUUCAUCAGUGUCAAUGGCUAAGAGAAAUAAACGUGAAUGUAUGACUCGUGCCCCACCAAAGAAAAAAAAAGGAGUAGCUGCACUUUCCAGACAACAAAAAGAUAAAACUUUAACGUAUUCUGAAAGUGGAAAAGAAUUAAGUACUACUUCUUUAGAUCAUUAUAAAUCUAAAUCAUCUGGAGAAUCUGUAGAGAGAAAGGGUACACAAGAAGGAUAUGUGGUAUCUAUGGCAACUUUAUCAUCUACUACUUAUCCAACUGCAGCAUCCUUAUCUUCACCAUCAAAGAACAAACUUCACGAGAAGCAGCAUCAGGGUAAAGAAGAACUAUUUAAAGGUACAAAAACUUCUUCAGAGAGUAGUGGUACUGUAUAUUUGCCCAGAUUAACCGCAUCAUCUCUACCUAGUUCUGUGUUAAGUAGCAGACUAGAAGAUAGUAGUGAUGCCACAGAUGAAUUACGCACUAUAGCUUUAUCUGAAAGAGGAUGUGAUUUACUUGAGCAACUUCAACAAAAUGUACUCCAGACGGACACCGCCUUACAAAAACGUUUGCAAGCCUUACGAGAAGAGGCAAAAGUGCGUAAGAAGGCAAAAUCUCCUGAAGCAGCAGCAGCAUCAGCAUCAGCAAGAGUAUCCCCUACAUUAAGAUCAACACCUGGUGGUUUAUCGACUAUCGGUAGUUAUCGUAGUGUUGAUGAUACUAGGAUUUGGAAAGAAGGAGAAGGAGAAGGAGAAGAGGAAGAAGAAGAAGAAAUGGAAGAUAUUAUAGCCUUACUUCGUUGGCUUGCAGAUAUGCGUCAGAAGAAGUUAUUAAGUAAUAAUCGUUUUAAUCUUGCUGUUGAAUCCAUUCGUGAAAACACGAAUGUACCAUUUUUCCUUUGUGAAGGCAAUAGUGCUGGUGGGGCCCCAACCCUUAUUGUGCGAUUACCAAAAACAGAGGAUGAGGCUGUUGUGAUUCCACUCUUAGAGGACACUCCACUGGAGAUGGAAACCGUCACUCAACAAAUACUGCAGGAGUAUGGUGAAAAUACCAAAAUACAACUCCGUACUCCUUCACCAAAUGACACGGCAUCUGCUACGCAUCAUCCAUCCAUGAUGUAUAGAAGACCAAGUUUACCCUUACUCUCAUAUGAUGAGAAGAGAAGAAGAAGAAAUAUGGAACAAGAGACAUUAGAUACACCUGUUGUUCCUCAUAAGAAGAGUGGGAAACCACCAUUAUAUAUGGCCUAUGCUAAACUACCGCGAGGUCACUUUAAUGGUCGUAAAGAACUCCCUGAAGUAUUGAAAGCAGCUUUUAAAUCUCGACCAUGGCAACAGGCAUCUCUACAUUAUCCUGUUAUUCAAGAUUCAAAUGAUACACAAGCUGCACACCCAUAUGGUACAUCCACAACGUUGGCACUGCAUGGCAAUGGAAAAGAUACAAAUUCUCUUCUUACUUUAAGUAAAGCUCUACGUCAUCCAGAACAAUUAUUACCGUUUAAUCCUGCAAAUCCACAGGCAUCAUCUCCCUAUAACAAAUCACCUGGAGUAGCAGCUUAUAUAGCCACUGGAACGAAAAAUUUUAUGGUGUAA